AAUGUUUGGAUCUCUUCCGUGCCUUUUUCACACCAAAGGAGCACUCCCGGUGCCUGAUUACCAUAAAUCUGAUAAAAGUAUCCGCACAAAGGGUCUUUAACAGGGCGUUGCAUGGCCACGGGCGCCAAUAGCACGAUAAAAGUGUAAAUAUGCUGUGGUUAGUUCAUCUGGCAGCAGAAACUAUUUUAACUUUCAGCGUGUCAGCGAGAUCAAAGAGGAGACGAUCGGUUUAUACUCCUACAGCAUAUAGGCGCGUUUCUUGCUGAUACAGAUGCAUGCCUGACAAUGAUAUCUGCCAAUUGUUUAGUGUAAAGAAUGUGUGCGUGAACUUCAGCUGCAAGUGCCUAAGUGAAGCAUUCAUUUUACACACCAAAAAAAGAAUGGAUCAUGGAUUGAGACCGCAUAGCGCAGUGGUGUUGAGGCGUUGAAUGAGGCAUCCCCUCCCCCUGUGUCUGCUACCAUUAUCCUGGGCUUCUCACCUGGAGCGCUGGUUCUCCCCGGCUCUCCUGCCGCUGAAAAUGGUUUGUAUGUCUUUAAGGCGCCCCACUGCCUCACUCUCGCUUUGUGUUCAGGAGAAACUCACGCCAUCGGGACAGAAUAUCGCUAUGAUUUCAUUUUGAGAAGCUGCAGGAGAAGAGCAUACAACGUAACCCUUGCUUAAAGAUCGACACCAUAGCAUACAUUGUCAAGGUUGUCCGAUUGCACCGGAAUGAGGCCCGGCUCCGUGCUUCUUCCAGCUCUAGCUGCGCUCCUCUGCCUGCUGUCAGGAUUGUCACUGGUCACCUCCUGCAACAAAGCGCUGUGUGCAAGCGAUGUGAGCAAGUGCCUCAUCCAGGAGCUGUGCCAGUGCCGGCCACUGGACGGGAACUGUUCCUGCUGCAAGGAGUGCAUGCUGUGUCUGGGCAGCCUGUGGGAGGAGUGCUGCGACUGCGUGGGCAUGUGCAACCCAAAGAACUACAGCGACACUCCACCCACCUCCAAGAGCACCGUGGAGGAGCUGCACAGACCCAUUCCGUCUCUCUUCCGUGCCCUCACAGAGGGCGAUGCACCCAUCAACAUGAUGGUGGUCUCCUUCCCGGUGGCCGAGGAGCUCUCCCACCACGAGAACCUGGUCUCCUUCCUCGAAACGCUCGACGACGCGCACCAAAAUGUCUCAUUGCCUGGCAACAGCAUUCAUGCUAGCUAUGACAGCACUCGAGAUAACCUGUGCACGGUGGUGUACUUCGACGACUGCGUGUCCAUCCGUCAGUGCAAACUGUACUGCGAGUCGAUGGGCGGCUCCAAGUAUCGCUGGUUCCAUAACGCCUGCUGCGAGUGCAUUGGACCCGAGUGCCUGGACUAUGGCAGCAAGGCCGUCAAGUGCAUGAACUGCCUCUUCUGAGGGCGGGGCCUGACUCCUGGGGGGGGGAUAUCCUGAGGUAGAACUACAUGCUUUAGGUGCCUCAAUAUUACUAUGUAAAAUAUUUGCCCUUGCAAAAUCUUUUUUGUAUUUUUUUCCAUUUUAUUGUAAAUUUUAGAUUUUUUUAAAAUAGGUUUCUACCAGAGAAGUGUUUAUCUGCAGUGUCUUGCUUAUCAACCCCUACAGUCUCCACCCACACAUGAUCUUGGUGGUUUUAGGGAUUCUGUUAUUGUAUGUAAUGGAAAGGUAUUCUUAACAUAUGGCCGAUGGUGCAUCAUAACAUCUUUGUCUUUCAUCAGCCAGCAUGCCUUCAUGUGGUUUUAAUGGUUUUAAUUAUGACAUGUGCAGGACAGCCGUGACCUGACCUAGCAAGAGUGAUCCUAUCCCAUAGCUUAUUUGGAGAUGUGUUCAUUUGAACCUGCAGUGAAAAGUAGUGUCCGGCUUUUAUUAGACAGCUCCAACUGUGUUUCUUCUUCCAGCUGUUGUGGCUCUGACGAUGGCCAUUAAAUGUCAAGAACAUUUGGUUUAGUUUAUACAGUGAUGACCAGCAAAGAGGUGGAUCCUGCAGAGGAGGGAGGGAGGGAGGGAGGGAGUGAAGCACGGGUCAGCCAGCUGCCUGAGCGCCUGCGUCAGCAGCCCUGUCUGGCUGCUGAGCUCACGCCACACACUGCGAUGUAACUGGGGGGCCUGUGCUUCUAUGCUGCACUGCACGCUCCGUUGUGCAAUUUUAUCUGCAUGCUGCCAUUUUAUUCAGCCUGUCUUCGGGAUGCCCUGCACAGACUCAUGACACUCCCCCAGUGCUGGGAAGUGCAUAAAAGGCUCCUUGUUUGCAAAAUGCUUUGGAGGAAUCCAGCUUUGCCAUCAGGGUUACUCUGCUUGCUGCUGGUAGCUCCUAAGCAGAACGUGUAAGGAAUUGGGCAUUUAUGUAAUGUGCUGUUGCGUGGCCUGCAGGGGGAAGCACCAUCCUGCGAUCGAGGGGAUGCCGCCGGAACGCCCUCUUGUUUUGAUUGGUGGGAAAAACCUCUGCAGUGUGUUCGUGCUUCAGAAAUCACACUACGGUAAAGCUGAAGUUCACUGGAUAACGUGGGAUUUAAGACUGAACGUGAUGGAACAAUGAACAGAUGAGGCUCUGUGAAUCAUUAGUCAUGUCAUUUAAAUAUUUGUGAAAAACUGUACCUUUUUUUAUAAAAAGACAUGCUGUGGGUAGUCACUGUAUUUGCAUUGGUGUGGAAAUGUUGAUAUUUAACUCCAACAGCGCAGCAUAAAAUGAUUGUAGAAUGCA